CAAAUUAAGGCCGUUCGUGUUGUUUGCACAUGGGGGGAUUCAGUGGCACCUAACCCAUCUCAAAGGAAUAUCCCCCCUUUUGUUUGGUUUUUUGAUUGAAGGUGUUGUUGAUCAGAGUCUCUUUUCCCAAACUGAGGAUAAGAGUGGGGAGUGGACAGAGGGAGGGAGGGAGGGAGGAAGGGAGAGAGCAGCAGCAGCAGCAGCAGCAGCAAUGGCAGUUUCUGCCAGUAACAUCAUCUAUUACAACAGAAGAACUCUGAGACCUCCAACUCUCUCUUUCUCAAAGCUUCAAAUCCAUUCCAAAUUCACCACCCUUGGAUUCCCAUCUCUCUUUCAGCACCCCCAUCACUCUUAUUCUCCAACUUCCAUCUGUCCCUCUGCCUCCCCAGUUGCCAAGGCCGCCUCAAGUUUUGUUGAAGUAGAUGACUAUAAGAAUAGCUUUGAUUCCACUGCCACCACCAGCUCAUGGCCUGAAUUUGCAAGAAAUGUGUCUGGUGAGUGGGAUGGAUAUGGAGCAGAUUUCUCAAGUGAAGGGAAACCUAUAGAACUUCCUGAGUUUGUUGUGCCUGAAGCUUACAGGGAGUGGGAAGUUAAGGUGUUUGAUUGGCAGACUCAAUGCCCAACUCUUGCUGAACCAGAGGACCAUACUGUUGCAUACAAAUUGAUAAAGCUACUCCCCACUGUGGGAUGUGAGGCUGAUGCUGCAACUAGGUAUAGCAUUGAUGAGAGGAACAUUGGAGAUUCUCAUAACAGCCUUGCAGCCUUUGCAUAUCAGUCUACUGGAUGCUAUGUUGCUCUAUGGCCAAUGGAGGAUGGCUUAUUUGAGUUGGAGCAUUGUUUGAUUGAUCCUCAAAAUAAGGAGUCAAGGGUGAGGAUUAUUCAGGUCCUUCUUUUAGAUAACACAAGGAUGGUGCUUCAGAAUAUUCAAGUUUUUUGUGAGCAGUGGUAUGGCCCCUUCAGGAAUGGGGAGCAGCUGGGUGGUUGUGCUAUCCGCGAUUCUGCAUUUGCUUCUACAGAUGCCAUGAAAAGUUCAGAAGUUGUAGGUGUCUGGCAGGCCUCUAGUUCUGUUGCCAGCUUCCAUAGUUCUCAGACUAAUGUCUUUCAAGAACUUGUAGAAGGCAUUACACAGAAGUCAGCCAGGGAUGGAGACGAUCUCAUAUUACUCCCAAAGCAAUUGUGGUGUUCAGUAAGCGAAAGAGAAGAUGGAGACACUUGUUGCGAGGUAGGAUGGCUGUUAGAUCGUGGUCAUGCUAUGACAUCAAGAUGCAUCUUCUCAAAGGAUGCAAACUUAAAGGAAAUUGCAGUAGCAAGGGAAAGCUUAGCUGUGGAGGGUGCAUAGCCAUUGAUCGUCAUCACUCAAAUCAGCUUCAAGUGUUUACCAGUAGAAAGAAAACUUGUUAUACUACAGCCCGUUGAAAUGAAAAUGUAUUCUGUUUGGUUUAGUUUGUAUUAGAUUCUGCUGUGAUAUUUUCAACCCAUAGUAAUAAUAGCAAAUGAGACUCUGUUUUGCUC